AGCAGCUUGGCUCCAUGCAGAUUUCCAGCCUCUUAAGCCUCCUGCAGGUGUGUCUGCAGGGAAGACUUUUCAGGCUCCUUUCCGGGUUGCUGCACACAAGCCAAGCUCCCAUCGCAGGGGUCCUCCAAGAGGGAAGAACAAACCUACAGGAGACAGUAAGUCCCUGGAGGCAUCCAAACACAUGGAGAAGACACUGAGUGAUGUGGAGAGACGCCGUGAGAUGGACAGAGAGGCUGUGCUGAAGGCUGAGUUUCCUGGAGGAAGCAGUGGCCCAUUGGCAGCCUCUGCUGCAGGAAGGGAGGCGAUGCCAGGCACAGUCACUGGAGCUUGGGACCGUGACUUGCAUCAUUUGGAAAGACUGGCACACCAUGGUUUAAGGGUCUUGGAGCUUGGUGAAGCUGAACGUGAUGAUGAAGAUGAUCUGGAUUCCCAACCCAUACCCAUUACUGAGCCUCUGGGAGAUGCUGAGGGUGUGUCUGCAGGGAGGACUUUCCCAGGUCCUCUGGCAGAUGUUGCACAUAAGCCCAACUCCCAUCACAUGGGUCCCCUGAGAAGGAAGAACAAACCUACAGGAGACAAUGCAGCCGGCACCUCAACACAUGCUGACAAGACCUGGAAAAGCAUGAGAAGAGUUUUCUGCUGGGGAACACCUUGUUUGGUUAAGUUGAUGGCCAUUGUGGUUGUUGCAGCACUUUGCCUGAUGAUUUCCUCUGCUGGAAUCUGGUAUUGCUGGAAGAGAAAAUGGUGCUCCUGCCCAUCUUCAGAAGACAAGCCUAACAACUCCGGCAAAGAGAACUUCACCCGUCUUCCCAGCUCUUCACUUCUGUCCCCAUCUGCCCUGCCGCAGCUGCAGCACCCUCUUGAGCACUUUCCAAAACUCAUCCCUCCAGAAAACCCUCCGCCCCUGAGCUCCCUGGUCCUGUUCCCCAACUACGACUAAAGAUGGUGUCUUCAUUUGAAAAGACAGGAGUCUGUGAAGGAAGGCAAGGGCCUCCCGUGAAAUGGAAAAUGUAAACCCCCUCCCUCCAAAUUACCACAAUUUCAAAAUAAAAA